GGAACCGGACACGUGAAAUAAUGCUGUUUACAAACAUCAAGAUUUAGACUAGAAAUCUAGUCGCUUUCUAAUUUAUUUAAUUAUACAUUACUUUUUAAGUCUUUUUUUUUACAUUAAAAUCAUGGGCAGUAACAACAUCAUAGCUGUGAGCCAACUUACAAAACGUACAAACUAUUUAACAUGGGAGGAGUAUUUCAUGUCCAUAGCAUUCCUAAGUGCUCAAAGAAGCAAAGAUCCCAGGACACAGGUUGGGGCAUGCAUUGUCAGUGAAGAUAAAAAAGUUGUGGGCAUUGGUUACAAUGGGAUGCCUAUUGGAUGUGAUGAUGACAGCAUGCCAUGGAACAGAGCAUCCGAUGAAAGUCCAGAACAAUGGCUGAAGAGCAAAUCUCCAUAUGUUUGUCAUGCUGAGCUGAAUGCUGUCCUGAACAAAAAUCUGGCAAAUAUUAAAGGAUGUACCAUCUACGUUGCUCUGUUUCCUUGCAACAUGUGCGCCCAGAUCAUCAUCCAAUCAGGGAUCAAGGAAGUUGUGUUUUACUCUGAUAAGUAUCACGAUGACCCCAAGUUCGAGGCAUCUAGGAGACUACUAGAUACAGCUAAAAUUAAAUACAGGCAGUUCCACCCUCGUCAGAGUAAAGUUGUUAUUGACUUCAGCAUUAUUGAGAGCACACAAAAAGAAAUAAAUACUCGUGGUGUCAUUAACACCUGUGAUAACAUUCAAUCAGAAGAAAGAACAGCCAAUGGUGUCAGUAAAACAUAUAUCAAAACAGAGGAAGUUAUAGCUGACAGUGUAAAUGAAGCUGAUGACCACAUGAGAUCAGAGGAAGUUAUAGCUAAUGAGAUCAAUGAUGUACUCAACCAUAUCAAAUCAGGGGAGAUAAUUGCUAAUGGAUUUAAUAAAGCACAGGACCAUAUAAAAUCAGGGGAAGUGAUAACUAAUGGCAUUAAAGAAGCGUAUAACCAAACCAAGUCAGAAGAAAUAAAAGCUAACGGUGUGGUCAAAACCAGUGACACAGUAGUAACAAACGGUGUGAGUAAAAACUGCGCCAUCACCAAAAGGGAACUCACAACCAACAACAACAACAUGGACACCUCCAGGAAAAACUCCAGCUUUGAUGAGUACCUGGAGCAGCAACAGUUCCAGCACCUCCCCCACACACGGCCUCGUGUACACGUCAUUCCGGUACAAGUUGAGCAGGCCGUGCAAGUGGACCAGGCUAACGAAACCAUGGAGUUGAAUUUUGCAAUAAUUUCGUUGCUGCUUAUCGCGGCGGUUGCAUUUUUUAGCUGGUUUUUGUCGCAUUAUAAACUUGUUGUCACCAGCUAAGAAAAUUAUUUCUCGUCUAGUUAUUGUAAAUAAUGGUGGAUCGACAUUCUGUGGACAUGAAAUUAUGAACAUAGUUGCUGAAUUGUAUAAAGAUUAGACAUGUUUUAAGUUGUUUUAAAGAUGUUCAGAUACUGAGAUUUAAAUUAAUAAAAUAAUUCAAGAACUUCCCAAAAUGUAAGUAAAUAAAAUAAUGUGCUUUAGCUAAACUAUAAAAAAUAUAUACUGAAUAUUUAAAUAGAUAAAGUCUGUGUAUUAUUUAGUUUUAGAACAUACUAAUUGGAAAAAAAAAUGGCAGUCAGGUACAGUGAACAAAAUAUUUAUACAUCAAAUGGCACACAUUAUAAUUUAUUACAUGCAAAUUAAAACUCAC